AGUAAUGAAAUGUGUUGUCGCCUUACUCGGAAUAUACAGUUCCCAAAUAUAUUGUAUAUUAUAGUAACUAUGUAAUAUAUUUGAGUGAUGGCUGUUUCACAUGGUUUAAGACAAUAUAGUAAAUAUGGGGGGAGAUUUCGAAAAAGAAGAGAUAGUGAAGAAGAGAAUAUUUAUUUAGACUUUAAUAGAGCUACUGCAGAAAUUAUACAAGAAAUUUUGUUUAAUGUUGUGAAUCAAGAUGUAAAUAUUAGUAGAAAGCUUGGAUACUUAAAUGGUUUAGUCAAAUUAUGUAUGAAACAACAAACAGAAUUUGGCAUUUCACACAGAGACAUAUUUUGCUGUCUUCGAAUAGCAUUCUUUCAUGAAGCAUGUGAAGUCCGUGCUGCUGUAUUGCGAGCUUGUCGUUAUAUUUUAGAAAAUGUAGAAAUAUUAGAAGCAUUCUUACAGUCUAAGCUACAGUUUUUUGUUUCUCGAUCUCUGGAUAUUUCACUUGACAAUCGAAUUGAGAGAGUUCAAGCUUUAAGGUUGAUGAGAAAAGUGUUAGAUUUGAAUCCAAGUGGCUUUCCACGUGCCUUCUCUAACUGUUUAGUAUCAAUAGUUAAUGAAGGGUCUCAAGAACGUGAUAUGAUUCGACCAUGUUUAGCCACAUUAGCUCAGUUAGCUCUUUUAAAUCCCCAAGCUUGCAUAGAAGCCAGAGGUGUUAGUGCACUUAUGAAAAAUGUUGUAGAAAAUUCUCAAGUGCAAGCUUCUGAAGCUAUACUUGGUGUUAUAUUUUUUCUUAUAAAUCAUCCUUCAACACGAAAUUUAAUGAAGAAUGACUUUGGGCUUGAAAACUUGUUAGCUCCUUUCACUGACUGCCAUUAUCGUUUUCCUACUUCUGUUGAUGGAUCUGCAAGUGAGGAUAAGGAUCCCAAUUUGAAUGCCAGCAAAGCAGCUAUUGUAUGUGCAUUACUGUCUUGGCCAGGUCUGUUUUAUUUAUGUCGCACUGAUUCAUGCCAUUUGCAGUCUCUAAUCGAAAUGUUGUACUUGCCUUAUCCAGAAUUACGUAAAAAUAUAUUAGAUCUGUUGUACAAAAUAUUUGAUGUAACUAUUCCUGAAUGGACAGAUGAUUUUUCUAUUGCACUCAGUUCUUCAGAUCCUUCAACAUCAAAAAUGUCAUGGCAACUUUAUGAAGGUUAUAUUGUGGCAGAAGGGCUUGAUAUUUUACCAUAUUCCUCAAAAGACAGGACAAAUUUAGUUUAUAAUUAUUAUGCCCUCUUGAUACUAGUAUUUGUAAACUGUGGGAUUUUGGAGGCUUUAUCAGAAGUCAUUGUAUCUAGUGAAAUUAAUUUAGCAGUAAGGGCUACAAUUUUCCUUGGUGAAUUCAUAUAUAUGGCAAACCAGUUCCUUCCUAUUGAUUGUAGUCAUUUAUCUAAUUGUUUGCCAACUCUCAUAUCAUCAGCUGCUUCUUUUAAGUCAGCCAAAGAACAAAAUCAAGCAACUGCAGCCAUCACUUGUUUGUUUCGAAUUCAUGAAAUAAAGAAAAAAGGUGCUGUGCCAAACAGCUUAGUGCUUAACAAUCUUCUUCAUAUUUGUAAUCCGGAACGUGAGAAAAAAGGUUUCUUUGUGGGAACUGUUAAUAAAAUAAAACUAUGGAAAUAUUUAAAACAGGAAAUGGCUGAUGGUGUUGAUCAAGCUAUAAGAGAUACUCUCGUUGUGAGCAAAGAAUACCAAAGCUGGGAUUGGGAUCUUGUUGAUUGCAUCUUAAAGAAUCCAACUGAUUCAUUAAAAAAAUUAGAAGAUGCCAAUCAUCGAACAUUUGUUAAGAAAUUAUUACACUUUUUCAAACCUAGUAGCAAAGAAUUCUCUGAAAUGGAAUUUGACAAAGAAAAUGGGCGGCAGAUCUGUGUUACUGGUUGUCACCUUUUAGAAUUCUUUUUAGAGUUAGAAGAGAUUAAAGCUCAAGAAUAUUUAGAUGAUUUUCUGAACGAUUUGAAUAGCUGUUUUGUUCAGUUAACUAAAGAUGGUGACCGUCUGAAUUCAAUUUUAAGCCCUAUAAAAGUUUCAAGUACAUUUAGUCAGAUGUAUUUUUUGUUCAUUGGAAAGUUGUCAAGUACUCAUAAAGGAUGUAAAUUUCUUAAUAGAUGUAGCACAUUUCAGAAUUUGUUCCAUCUUGUCAGUAUUACCAAUCAAGAUAUUUAUGUAAAACUCAUAAUAUCUGCUCUAGAUUAUACCAAAGAGGGGUUCUCAAGAGCUAUUCUCACUAAAGUUUUAACUGGAUCUGAAGAGGCUACUCGUUUAUAUGCAACAAAUUUUCUUCUUAUAUUAUUGAGAGCCAAACUUCCAGAUUUUCGCAAGUGGGCAAUUGAAGUUUUAGUUUAUCAACUCCAUGACACUAGCAAAUUAGUUUCUGCUGCUGCCCUUGACAUUUUAGAUGAAGCUUGUACGAUUCAGGAAAAUUUAGAAGCUCUAAUAUCCUUAAGGCCAUCUCUUUUACAACUGGGAGAUAAAGGUUUGCUGUUACUUGUGAGAUAUUUGUCCGUCCAAAGUGGUUUUAACUUUCUACGAGAAUCUAAUUUUUUGUAUGGUGAAUUGGAACGAUGGCAACAGAUAUACAAUUUUAAAUAUGUUAAAGUUGUAGAAGAUAUGCUGAAUGAAGCUUUUACUCAUCACAGAAGAGGCACUGAUGGAAGUUAUGGAAGACGUAGUUCAGAUAUUAGUCAUACUAUUCGCAAUGUAUAUUUGCCUCCACAUAUGUAUGGACAGUUGGUUCAACAUCAUGAGGGUGUUAAUAUUCUGCUUGAUAAUGGUGUACUUCCUGAAUUAUAUAAUAAUAUAUGCCAUCCGAAUUUUUCUACUGACAUGGAUAUAUUACAUUUGAAGGCAUCAUUAUGGGCUUUGGGUCAUGUUGGUUCUUAUCCUCUAGGUUUGAAAAUAAUAAUCAAGGAAGAUCUUAUUCCCUGUAUAGUUGAUUUAGCAGCUACAGCUCCUGUUUUUGCUGUAAGAGGCACAUGUUAUUUUAUUUUGGGUUUGCUAAGUUCUACCACAGAAGGCUCAGAUAUUUUGAGGGAACAUGGCUGGGAAGCAGUUCAAAGGAACCAUGAGGAAAAAUGGCCUCUUAUUAAAGAGGAGAUUUUAGUGGAUAAUUCACAGUUUGCAAGAAAGUCUACUUGGUCUUUCAGCAGCAUGAGUAGUGAUUGGCCAUUGGGAGCCCUUCCUACCAGUUUGUCAUUCAUAGUACGAACUUCACAAUUUGAUUUAAAUAGAAGUCAAAGCCAAAUUUCAAAUACCUCUAGUGAAGAUAUUCUACAGAAUUCCUGCAUAGAGUUGCCAUCACAUCGGGAUCCUUUAGUAGAUCCUGAUUCUGAUUCAGAAAAUUGUCGCCCUCGUUCCUCAUCAGAUUGCCAAUCAGAAAGAAAAGAUAAUGUACUGUUUGAAGUUGCAGAAUCCUCCAGUUGGGAUGCGUUGAAUGCCUAUUCAUCAUUUUCAUCACCUCCUCCUAAUUUUAAUAAAAAUAGAAAGAGGCGAAGUAUCAGCACGUCUGAAGUAACCAUGAGAACUUUUAACUUCCAUAUGGAAGAUAAUGAAGAAGAAGAAGAGAAUGAAUUACAAAUGAGUUCCACAGGUUCCAAAGCUAAUUUUCAUGCAGUUGAACCAAAGCAACAUUCCUCGGGUAGUUCUAGUUUGCAACCUGGUGCUAGUGAAUCAUCAGUUAACUCAUCUAAAUCAUCAGAUGGAUGUGUAGAACGACCUUCAUUGUUGAAACAACUUUCUCGGGGUCACAGUAUUCAUCUUCAUAGUCCAGUGUCACCUGAUAAGUCAUCGCCAUUAUUAAUAACAAGUGCCCGGGAUGCCCUUGGCUAUGCUACAUUAAAAGACAUUCAAAGACGACGUGUUCAUUCACUGAGUUUCCAUGAUGCAUCUUCAACUCAAGUAGAUGCUUCUUUAAGGUACCUCAAAUCACAAAGUCUGGAUGCAGAUUCUGCUAAAAUUUUUAAUGUAACGAGUGAUAUACUUUUCUCAGAAGCUGAGGAAGAUGCCAUGAAAUUUAGAAACUCUAGCCAAGACUCUGAGAAAAUACCUGAAAGUCGGUAUAUUGGGUUAUGUCUUCCUUCAGAUUUAGACUAUAUUUUACAUGUGCCAAAAGAAUCAAGAGACCAAGAAGUUGAAAUUGUUGUCCCUAUACCUGAAGAUGUACCAAGUUCCAGUGAUGUUGUAUUUGAAUUUCAUUCUGAUGAAAAUUGUAUAUCCAAUCAUUCCUUUGCUGACAAAAAGAGUUUACAAAGAACAACAAUUGAUGAAGAAUCUGAGGAACAAUCAUUAGUGACUGUAAAUACAACUAUUGAUAAUGUAUGUAAAAGGAUCCCACCAUUGGAAAGAUCCAAUUCUGUAAAAGGUAUUUUAAAGUUCCGAGAUGAUUACCUAAAUAGUCAACAUUUAAUACGUAAAGAAGCCAUGCAUUAUGUAACUAAUUUGAGCAGCUCUGUAGCCAUUAAAGCAUCUGAACAAGGUCUUUUAAACUUGAAACAGAAAUUUCCCAGUGCUUUUCAAGACAUUUGCCUUUAUUCAGAAAUCAACUAUUAUAUGGCUAAUUAUAAUUUCCGUCUCAAUGCUAGGCGUUUUUUACAAGAACUUUUUUUGGAUGUUACAUUUGAACAAUUACAACAAGAAGCAGAAUCUAUUGUUGGCAUAAUCAGUAUUCCACAAGUGGGUGGUAGUGAAGCCUGACAUUCCUUUCAUAAUUAUUAAAUUAAAAAAUUUAGCAGUGAACUCAAUUGAUCAGAGCCUUAAGAUGAAUGUAUAAUUUUGAUAACAAAGUGUGUGUGUUCUUUUAAAGUGUUACAUCUUAUUAACAUAUUCAUAUGGAACACAUUUUUAUAUUAUAUUUUUCAUUUUUUAUAUAAAUCAAUUAUUUAUCAAACUUGAUUUAUAUACAUUUUUCUUUAUUUUCUCUCAACUUCCUAGUUUUCAAAUAUAUUAUUUGUUUCUCAAAAUCAACUGUUUGCGAAAAAAGACAUUUAGUUUGUGAAUAAUUAUGAUCAUUUUGGAGAAUCGUAAAACAAUCUUUCUUUAUAAAUUUUCGAUACUGACAUUUUUUUAAUGCAGAUUUUACUAUAAAAGAAUAUGAUAAAAAAAAUUUUGUUUUAUAUAUAUAUAUAU